UUAAAAAAAUUUAAAAUACACUUAAGAGUGAUAGGUGGGUGCUAAUUAAGUGGUAACUCUAUCACUACCCCGAAACGAAAUAUAUUCUCUCUCUCGGCUACCUAGAAGUUCGGAUUGAAGCGCCGGCUUUAUCUCCACAAGGCACAAUGGACGUGAGAGUUGGGCUCUUACUUCUUGUAGUGUUGGGUGCUAGUUGGGCUUGUGAUGCUAGACAACUGGUGAGCACUGAGUUGCAUCGUGGGAAUGGAAUUCAGAUAUCAGUUAUGGAGAUCAACUACCAGGAUCAUGAUAUCAAAGUUCAAAGUAUGGAGGAAGAUUUACGGAAUGACAAAGUAUGUACAUUGUGUGAGGAGUUUGCUUCCGAGGCACUGGAUUACUUUGCUGAAAACAAGACCCAGACUGAGAUCCUUGCUAUCCUCCAUGUAGCUUGCUCUCAAGUUGGCUUGUUCAAACGGGAGUGCAUCACUUUGGUGGACUAUUAUGCUCCCCUCUUCUUUUCAGAGGUUUCCACUUUACAACCUGAAGAAUUCUGCCGAAAAGUCAAUCUCUGUCAACAAAUUGCUAUGGUUUCUUCUCAAUUUCAUGAAGACAGCUGUGCGCUUUGCCACCGUGCUGUUUCAGAAAUAGAAGUUAAGUUGAAAGAUCCUGACACACAGCUAGAGAUCGUUGAGUUGCUUUUGAAGGCAUGCAAUUCCAUGGAGAACUAUGCGAAAAAGUGCAAGAAGAUGGUUUUCGAGUAUGGACCUCUAAUCCUAGCCAAUGCAGAGAAAAUGCUGGAAACAACAGACAUAUGCACCACGCUUCAUGCCUGCAAUUCGCCUGCAGCUAGUAGCAAUGAAGCAUCACACUCGACAAAAGUAUCUGUGCUAUCCGAUUCUUAGUUAUGGCAGCAAAUAUCCAACGGAUUGAAAAUGCACAUUCGGACGAUAUGUAUUCUACCAUUCAAUGUGUGUAUGUAUAAUAAUACAACGUCAUGAUCAUGGUGCUUGUGUUGUACAUUAUGUGCUCUAUCCCAAUCUACUGCUUACACGAAAGUUAUUUU